CUGACCUUACAAGCAACAUGACCAGAUCGAUUUGCUCGUCUGACCACUCCUCAGCCAUGGAUCCUCAAACAUAGCUCGGUCCUUCUCACUAAUGUGAACGCUUUCGGUAUAAUAAACCAUUACUUAUUCCUCCAUCCCUUCUCUAUUCUAUUCUAGCUCUGUGUUUCCUGCCGCUCUGUCCAAAUCUGUUCUAGUUUGCUCUACCAUGGCUCCUUUUUUUUUCUUCCCUUUGAUACUUGCCAUCUUUUCAAUCUCUGCCCUUCCUCACUCUCUCAGUAAUCUUUCUCAUAAUGAACAAGAACAACAACAGUUGCUCUUGCGAAUCAAAGCUUCCAUUUCCAUCAACAACCACAGUUCAGUGCUAUUGCCGGACUGGACUCCCCUUCGCCCCUCUGCAAUUGGUCUGCCAUUACCUGCGACCCAUCUUCCCACUCUCUCAUCGCACUUAACUUAUCUCAAAUGAAUUUAGUCGGUACCAUUUCUCCUCUGCUCGGGAAUCUGUCCUCUCUUAAAUCUCUCGAUCUCUCGCACAAUGCUCUCACUGGUACCAUUCCACCUCAACUCGGCCAACUUCUCCAUCUGCAAUUGCUCAGGCUAAGCCACAAUCAAUUACAAGGAACUAUUCCACCUGCUAUUUCGGCUUGCCGCGAUUUGUAUUACCUGGCACUCCCCUAUAAUGGACUGCAUGGAAGCAUUCCGCCUGAAUUUGGUCUCCUCAAAAGUUUGAAGAAUCUUUACCUGGGAAUAAAUAAUCUCACCAGCAGCCUUCCUCCUUCUCUAGGAAAUUUGUCGGCCUUAGUUGAAUUGUCUUUGGAAGCCAAUGACAUCGCAGGUACCAUUCCUCUUGAAUUGGGCAUGAUUAGUCACCUGCAAGUCCUUCACCUUCAUCAAAAUAAGUUAUCAGGAACCAUUCCCAGCUCUCUAGGAAAUCUGUCUGCUUGAUUGAUUUAGAACUGGGGGAGAACCCCCUCCAAGGUCCCAUUUGUCCUGAAUUGGGUUUUCUCGCUCACCUUCAAAAUCUUGACCUUGUUGAAAAUAACUUAUCAGGCCCCAUUCCCCCCUCUCUAGGAAAUCUCUCCAGUUUGAUGGAAUUAGAUCUAUCUCAAAACCGGCUUAGUGGACAUAUUCCAUGGGAGAUCGGUACCAAGCUCGCCAAUUUGCAAUUCUUCGGUGCAUGGGGAAAUCAGCUUAAGGGAAACAUACCAAAUUCCAUUGGAAAUUGUUCCAAUCUUACAAUACUUUAUUUAGAUCACAACCAGUUAAGUGGAAUGGUGCCAGUGGAGCUGGGUAAGUUGAACCUAAUUACCUGGCUUUACCUAAGCCACAAUCAACUUGUAAGUACCACUAGUAGCACAUUGGCUUUUCUCACUGCUCUCACAAAUUGCUCCCACUUGGAAGAACUUGAUGUGUCAUUUAAUAAUCUUACAGGUGUUUUGCCUUUGUCCAUAGACCAACUGUCUUCCAAUCUCUCUUUGUUGCGUUUAUCAGACAACAUGAUAAGCGGAAGAAUACCUCAACAGAUUGCCAAUUUGACAAAUUUGGCCUUGUUAAAUUUAUCCAGGAACAUUUUCAGUGGUAAUAUUCCAUCUGGAAUUAAAGCAUUCCAUAAGUUGGAAAGAUUAUAUAUGGAUGGGAACAAAUUAGAAGGAAGCAUUCCAAAUGAGAUAGGUCGAAUGCAAAGUUUGGGACUCUUAUCUCUUAGUCACAACCACCUAUCUGGGAAAAUACCAGAUUCUCUUUGUAGCUCCGGGCAGCUAAGAUAUCUUUAUCUUCAGCACAACAACUUAUCAGGGGAAAUCCCUGUUAGUUUAGAGGGGUGUCAAAAGUUGGAGCUCCUUGAUUUCUCUUAUAACAAACUAGAGGGAAGGAUACCUCGGGAAGUCACUGCCAGCCUUAAAAACCUGCAAUUGUAUCUUAAUCUUUCAUGGAAUUCUCUGCAUGGGUCCCUGCCACAGGAGAUGAGUCAAAUUGUAAUGGCUCAAGCCAUAGAUAUAUCUGGAAAUCGAUUGACUGGGGUGAUUCCAAAUGCUCUAGGAAGCUGCACAGCAUUAGAGCAACUAAAUCUGUCUCACAACGCCUUUGAAGGUCCAAUACCAGAUUCACUUUCCAAAUUAAAAAAUCUGCAAGAAAUGGAUCUUUCUUUCAAUAAUUUGUCAGGUCAAAUUCCAAAAGGAGGGUUAUUUCCAAAUAGAACUUUUAUAAUAUUGUUUAUGGGUAACCUUGGCCUAUGUGGCCCCAAAAAUUAUUCAUUGCCUCCAUGCCCAAAUCAAACCCAGGAAAAACAAUCAGUGCUGAAAAAAAUAGUCUUAUCUGUUGUUGGAACCAUUGCAUUUAUAUUAUGCUCUUUCAUUAUAGGAAUGCUAUGGAGGCAAAAAAAUUCAAGACAACUAUUUCCUCCCUCGAACUUCAUUUUUCAAAGGCUCAGUUAUCCAAAAUUUUCCUAUCAAGAUCUUGUCAUUGCAACAUCUGGAUUUGAUGAAGCAAACUUGCUUGGAGUGGGUAACUUUGGAUCUGUCUACAAAGGCAUUUUGAGGGAUGGUAAGAUAGUUGCCAUCAAGAUUCUUAAUUUGCAUAAUGAAGAAGCUCAUAAGAGUUUUAACACAGAAUGCAAAGUGUUAGGGAGGAUUCGGCACCGUAACCUCAUCAGAGUCAUAAGUGCUUUUUUCUACCCUGCCUUGAAAGGUUUGGUUCUUCAAUUUGCAUCCAAGGGGAGCUUGGAAAAGUAUUUGCACCGUGAUAGAGAUGAUCCAGAAUUUUGUGAAUUGGGAUUGAGUGAGUGUUUGAGUAUUGCUAUAGAUGUGGCCCAUGGCAUGGAAUAUUUACACCAUGAUUGUCCUUUGCAACUUGUACACUGUGAUUUAAAACCUAGCAAUGUGCUCCUGGAUGCCAACAUGACUGCCCUUGUGACUGAUUUUGGUAUAUCCCGAUUAGCUAUUCAAAAUUCCACGGAUUCACUUACUACAACAACAUUUGCACUCAGAGGAUCUAUUGGCUAUAUUGCCCCAGAGUAUGGAUUGGGCGGUUGUGUUUCUACAAAGGGAGAUGUUUAUAGUUAUGGAAUCCUGAUAUUGGAGAUGAUUACAAGGAAGAGACCAAGUGAUGACAUGUUUGUGGGAGACAUUAACUUAACAAAGUGGGUGAGCUCAGCUUUCCCAAACAGACUAGCAGAUAUUGUUGAUAGUAGGUUGUUGAGGGAUGUGAAUGCAAACAUGGAAGAGAAUAGAAUUCUUCCUUCUUUCAUUCAUCUUGGUUUGCUUUGCACCAAUGAAUCACCAAGAGAACGACCCUCCAUGAGAGAUGUAACCAAAGCCAUGGAGAGCCUCAAGGCAUCUUUCACAGGGAAUGCAGUUGCUUCCAAUUUAACAUCUACCAUAUCAGACCUCCUACGGAAUACCAAUUUAUCGGUACCCGAUAGUCAAAGUUCUUCAUUUUAAAUGUUUGAGUUCCAUAAGUACUUUGAGUGCUUCAUGUUGGCUAUUUCAAGUUUAUCUUUUCUCA